UUGAAAGUGAUAGAAGAGGGUUUAUCAACCCACCCAUGUGGCAUUACUGACUCGGGUCGGGUCGGGUCGUUCAAUCACCAGGUGCUCGUUCAAAUAACAUUUGCAGAACAUGGAAAGCGUUUAACUUUGGAUUGACCAGUGUACAACAUGGGAGCUCAAAUCGCUCAGUGCACAGCUCCUCAAUGGAAGAUGACAGCUUUGCAGAAUUGGGUCCUCCGGUGACUGAAAGAGCCGUUUCACAACUGAAAUUGGCAACAGAGAAACCUGAACGCUUCAUAUGGAAAAAUGAUUCUGCAAGAAAAAUGUCAUCCAACAAGUUCAUUCCGGUAGACAAGAACCACAAUAAGGGAACUGUCUCAAGUCGCGAUAAAUCCUGUCAAAGCAUAGCUGAGCCUGUUGAUGCUUCCAAUGCAGGUAGUUCAACUGACACAAUUAGAAUCCAAGGCAUCGAUGAACAUGCAUCCAUUCAUGUCAUACAUUCACUCUGCAAAACGCUUGGCAAUUUACAAGGAUUGGCAUGGGUAGGCAAUGAUGCUAUAGAUGCAUUCUUUACUGUGGCGAGUGAAUCCGACUCUCAAAGAAUACUCGAGAAGUUGAAUGAUACAACUAUUCGCAACAGCCACUUAUCGGCAUCUUUACUUUCAAGAAACUCUACUGCGUCCAAGUCCAUAAAAGAGAUUGCUUUGCAAGAGAGAGGCCUACAAUUUAGCACUAGCCUUGAUGAACUCAGAAGGCAAUUGGACUUGAAGCAGAUUUACUUGGAGGAUUUAGAGAUGCUGCAUCACGAGAUAAUGCACCUUCAAUGUUCGCCAACUAUGAGCGAUUAACGUUUGUUACAUCCAUGCAGAGUGUCCUCACAAACUUCCUUCCACCUCCUUCUAGGGCCAAAGUUGGUGGUUCAUAAUUGAUGUAAAGCAUUGCAGGGUAAUUGAUUAAGACCAACAGGGGUUCUUGUGUUUAUGGAACUGGCACAACUUGAAUGGUGUCAUGACCACAUGAACUAUUUAAUGAGGGAGAACUGAUUUUGCAAAGAUGAAUCGUCAGUUUAAGAACAUCUUUCAGCGUA